AUGAUGUCUACAACCACGGCUGCAUCAUCAACCUAUUUAGAUGAAGAUACUACAUGGAAGUCACUAAAUCUUGAUCCAAGGUUACUACAAGCCAUUGAUCAGCUUGGAUUCCAAAACCCCACACUCAUACAGAGCAGUGCCAUACCUUUGGCGUUGGAGGAAAAAAGAGACAUUAUUGCCAAAGCAUCAACCGGUUCAGGUAAAACUGCUGCUUAUGCUAUACCCAUUAUUCAAAAUUUGCUAUUGGAUGGCACCAGUCCAGGGAUCAAGUCGAUUGUGCUUGUUCCUACAAGAGAGUUAUCGAAUCAAGUAUUUCAAUUUAUGGAAAAAUUGAUAAAACAUAGCAGCAAGAAAAUUGGCAUUUUGAACUUGUCAUCAAGUUACAGUGACCAAGUAUUGAACUCUUUACUAGCGAAUAAACCUGAAAUUAUAAUUUCCACGCCAAGCAAGUUGGUUCAAAUUUUGGAAAUGCAUGAUGAGAAAUCGCCCAUUGACUUGAGCUCAGUGCGAAACUUGACCAUUGAUGAGGUUGAUUUGAUUUUGAGUUUUGGGUACUUGGAAGAUUUGGCGAAAUUGGAGUCUUAUUUGCCGGUGAAGAAAAAUUUGCAAACCUUUUUAAUGUCAGCUACAAUAAAUGAUGAUAUAAACGAGCUCAAGACGAAAUUUUGCACUAAACCGGCAAUCUUGAAAUUGGAUGACGAGAAAAGUAGUAAUGAUAAGUUGGUCCAGUUUUAUGCAAAGACUACCGAAUUUGAUAAAUUUUUACUAAGCUAUGUCAUAUUCAAAUUGAACUUGAUCAAGGGAAAGACAAUUGUUUUUGUCAACAAUAUUGAUAGAGGGUACAGAUUAAAGUUGUUUUUGGAACAGUUUGGUAUAAGAUGUUGCAUUUUGAAUAGUGAAUUGCCAAUCAAUUCAAGACUACAUAUCGUCGAAGAAUUUAACAAGAAUGUCUAUCAUUUGUUGAUUGCCACAGAUGAAAUUUCCAUUGAAAAAGAGGAUGGCGAAUUGGAAGAAGGCAAGAGUGCACCAAAGGAAGAAAAACCAAAAUCCAAGAAGUCCAAAAAGGAUAAAGAGUAUGGUGUGUCUCGUGGAGUUGACUUUAAAAAUGUGGCUUGUGUUUUGAACUUUGAUCUUCCCACCACUUCGAAGGCAUAUGUGCAUAGAAUUGGUAGGACAGCUAGAGCAGGAAAAUCUGGAAUGGCGCUUUCAUUUGUGAUUCCAUUGAAUGAAGUUGGUAAACACAAGACAGCCACCUUGGCCACAGCUAAACGAGAUGAGAAAAUUUUAAACAAGAUUGUCAAACAACAGGAGAAAAAUGGAUUCGAUAUAAAGCCGUACCAAUUUGACAUGAAACAAGUUGAAGGGUUUAGGUAUCGAGCUGAUGAUGCGUUUAGAGCAGUAACUCAAACCGCCAUCAGAGAAGCAAGAGUUAAGGAAUUGAAAAAUGAGUUGAUCAAUUCAGAGAAACUAAAGAGAUUUUUCCAGGAAAACCCCCAGAACUUGGCAACUUUGAGACACGACAAAGAAUUACAUCCUGCUAGAGUCCAAGCUCAUUUAAAGAAUCUUCCCGAGUAUCUUUUACCUGAAAGUGCUAGAAGUGAUGUGAAGAACAUUGGAUUUGUCCCAUUCCAUAAAAACAAGGUGAACAAAUACAGAAAGAAGGGGAAAUCCAAGAGAAAACAAGAUCCUUUGAAAACAUUCAAAAAAUAA